GUUGGCUGUGCUAAUGCAAUCAUUUUUCACUCACAUUCAAAGUGUUAAACAGUUAAGAAAAAACUUAAUAAAAACACAUCGAAAAUUUCAAAAAUCUGUGCGUACAAAACCUAAAGUCUUUUAGACCAUGUCUUUGCGACGAAGCAUAAGGAUUGAGCUUGCUGCCAGGGCUGCCGCCGCCACCCGGAAUGAAACUAGUAGCGCCGUCCAGCGUACUGCAACCCACCGCAUAAGGAAUCGGCGUGCUGCCACCGCUAUCCGAAAUGCUACUAGUAGCGCCGUACAACGGCCACGGGGCGGUGGCCCCAGGGGACGUCUUCUCCGUGAGCUAAAAGAAAUAAUGCUCAAUCCAACGGACGGUUGCCAUGUGGAGUUCGUUGAAGACGAUAUAACCCACUGGCACUGCAUUAUUCUCGGCCCUUCCAAUUCUCCCUAUGAGGGAGGGCACUUUAAAUUAGAUGUAUUAUUUCCGGAUAACUACCCGCAUGUCCCGCCUCAUGUACAAUUUACGACUCAGAUUUACCACUGCAACAUCACCAGUGGCGGCCAGUUUUCCGAUGGUAUGUCCAGGCAUAACAUACUAUCGGACAUCUGGUCGCCUAUCUUGACUGCAGAUAAAGUUCUCCUAUCGAUCAUGUCGCUGCUAGCAGAUCCCAAUCCUGACGACCCCAUGGAAAUCGUAGUUGCCAACAUGUACAAGAGGGACCGAGAGCAGCACGACCGAGUCGCCAGAGAGUGGACCACACUCUACGCCAUGCCAUAAGUUCUAUUUUGAUAAGCAUGCACAUAAUGCACAGUAACACCACCCAGAAAUUCAUACCCAUAUUCAUACAAAUAUCAGAAUU